AUGACAGUUCACUUGCUCUGGAUCAUAAACCAGUCAGGUCAGCUCAUUGCUAAGUCCAGUUUCACCGCGCAGAACAGUAUUGGAGAGCUUGGAGCAAAGCCUGAUCUACAACUCACAAUGUCUAGCAUCCUCUUCUCCACCUUCGGUAUGUCGCAGGAAUUAACGCCGAACGCCAACCCUGUGGAUAGUGCUGGGAUGACGCUACUGGAGUUCGCGGAGCACAAUGUACACAUUUACGAGACCCCAUCUCUUGUAAAGUUCGUUCUCGUUUCCGACCACCACACCUAUGAGUGUAAUGCGCUCUUUCGCCAGUUGCACUCACUGUAUGUGGAGUACGUAGUGAAAAACCCGUUUAACAUAAUUGAUGAAGGAGGCAUCGGGCAACCUAUUCGCAUACCUGCCUUCACUGAGGCAGUAAAGGAGGCCGUGGAUAAAUAUCAUAGCCACACACAGCAGCCCGCGGUGAAGAGGUGA